AUGUACGUGGGCUACUUACUGGAUAAAGAGAGCGGCAUGUAUCACCACCAAGGCCCCGUGCGAAGAUCCAGCAUCAAUUUGCCCCCCCAGAACUUCGUGUCGUCGCCGCAGUACCCCGAUUUUAGCGGAUACCACCACGUCCCCAACGUGGACUCGCACGGCCAGGCGGGGGGCGGCUGGGGGCCAUCGGCCUACGGGGCCCCCCGAGAGGACUGGGGGGCCUACGGCGUGGUGCCACCCAAUCCGCUGGCCGCGCCCGUCAACAACUCGUCGCCAGCGCAGGUGUCCUACUGCUCGACCGAGUACACCCACAUGCACCCGCCGCCCGCCUCGGCCUCCGUUUCGUCCUCGGUUUCGGCCUCGGCUUCGGCCGUCCUGCCGCCGCCCCCGCCGGACGUCGGCGGCGCGCACGUGUCGCCCGACCGGGAAAGGCGCAACUCUUAUCAGUGGAUGAACAAAACGGCGCAGUCCUCCUCUACAGGGAAGACAAGGACGAAGGAGAAGUACCGGGUGGUCUACACGGACCACCAACGGCUGGAGCUGGAGAAGGAAUUCCACUUCAACAGAUACAUCACCAUCAGGAGGAAAGCCGAGCUCGCUGUACACCUGGGAUUGUCCGAGAGACAGGUGAAGAUCUGGUUCCAGAACCGCCGUGCCAAGGAGCGUAAACUGAUCAAGAAGAAGAUGGGCCAAUCGGACGGCAGUGGUGGUUCGGUGCACAGUGACCCAGGUUCUGUCAGCCCGCUGCCCGUGCCAGGCUCUCUGAGUCCCACGGACAUCCACGGGGCACUCUACCCCCACGCUCAUUCCCAUCCCCACCCGCACCCGCCACAGGCCGUCAGCACGUUGCCGCCCAUCAGGAAUAUACAGCAAGUGACUGUGAGCCAGUGA